AUCAAGAAUUUGAAAUAUGAUGCGACUUUCAGCUGACGAACAAUGUCAACAACGCAGGUUCAAGACAUUUUUCGUGGUGCACACAACACCCUUUGUGGUCCAAGACCUUGUAAGAUACGGCUACAAUCCGAGACAAAGGGCCUCAGAACUUGAACCACAACCUGAAACGAUCACAACGUUGCACCAUAUCGCUCAAAUAUCUACCUUUUUCAUACAUACACCCGAGUUGCGCCGUUUCUUACACUGAUUUGUGCUUCAGACUCGAUGCAGUUGAGUCGAUUCUGAAAGACCAACAGAGACGUCGACGACCACAACUUCAGAGAUAUGGCAGCGCAGCAUCGACGAGAAGGCAAGCAUGCCGUGAAGGAUGGCGACUUGACCAAUACGAGGUACGAUGAAAACGACCGUGGACAGCUCCUCGCUGCAGUUAAAGACGCUGGCUGCUACAUCAAGGACGACAAGAAGAGUGUCAUGGCACGCAAGCUCGCCGAAUACGACCAAAAAAAGCUCUACGAGGAGAGAAGAUCUGCGCAUGAGCGAAGAGAGAAAGAAGAGGCGAGGCAGCAAGAAAUGGAGAACGCCACGCAAGCCCAGCGAGACCGCCGAAGAGCACGUGCGAAGCGCAACGAGGAGAGAGCCAUAAGCUAUGAAUGUGGCGAAGAGGUCAGCUCCAACUCUGACGACACGGACGAAGACCAUGACAUAUGCGAUGCCGGCGGUGAGGCGCUCAGUGACGAAAUAUGGGAAGACACUUGCUCGGAAACUACCAUCAGAUCGCGAAACCUGCCUCUUCGUCUAGGGUGCCGCCUUCAGCUCUUCGAAUGGCCAUACCUUGACCCACCGCAGCAUAGCCCACCAUCCGACCUUGAAGCCAAAUCACACCCAGCGCCGCUCGCAUACACAUCGCUAAAGCUGGUCACAACUACCACCCAUGAGAAAAUCACACUUCCUGGAAAAUCCUACCUUGCCGGCGUGGAUCCUGACUUUGUCCCUCUCCUGUCCCCACGCACUCGCACCGCCGCACGCCACAGGCAUAUGCUCAACCAGUUCUCCCACGCCGUCAUCGAACCAGGCGCGCUCUGGGCUCGCCGCACCGCAAUACAAGGCUGGAACGGCCGCAUGUAUUUCUCGCUCCCGCCCCAAUCUCACCACGACAAGAAGAACACCCGGCUCGAUGACGUGUACCAUAAACGGCACACUGCAAAUGCAAAGCCUCUGCACCCUACACCGGGGGCUGCAGAUGUCAGAGAAGAUCGAAGAAACAGAUUUGAACGGAGGGUGAACAAUAAGCGCAAGCGUAUGGCGGAAGUGUACGAGGCGAGUCUAUGGGAACCUUUAGCACUGGGAUAUAUGCCAAGUUAUCUGAACUGGGAACUGGGCGGUCAACUUUCCGAUGCCUCGGAUACCCACAAGACACUUGCGAGUCCGUGGUAUGUGCGCUUCCAAAGGUGCAAUGUACCGCAUUACUACUUCUGGAGUCUAGAGAGCGAGUGGAGCGAUCCCACGAUCUCAGAUCCGUCGUGGAGUGCUGAAGUGUUCAAGCAACACAAUAUCGAGACAGCGAAAUGUCGCAGCCAAAACCCGCAGUGUACGAAGUUCAGGGUCAGGAAACUGACUUCCCUCCCUACUCACAGCGCCGCUGCUGCGGAAUCCUUCCAGACCCCAGUCCCGCGUUGUGAGGACGAUCUUCUUGCACAUGGUCUCCGCGCUAUAUUUGCAACCUAUGCCGCCCUUGCGAGAUCUACCGGUAUGCAGAAAGCGUGGGCUACGUUCACGCGCCAACUGCCAUGUCUCUUCCCCAGCGGCGAGCUGCCUCGUGCGCCUCCAGCGCAGCCACGAAAGGAUAUGUGUCUGGCGGACAAGAUGGCUGCGCUUCUAUCCGGCGGCGACGGUGCACUGUACUCGGGCAAGGAGGCGUGGGCCAGGGAUGGCGACGAGGCUUGGGAUGUCGUCGUUGGUGCUGCGGAUGCGCACGUCCUCAUGUCUGAUGGCGACAGCUCGACAGCAUCGUGCCGCUCGCUGUCACACGUAGAACACGCAGAGCACGGCGACGAUGGAGAAGAGGCUCUUCACCGCCGGGACAGCAUGGACAUUCUCCAAAUUCCCUCGUCCAGCGAAACGCGUAUCUGGACCUGGCUCUCCGCCGUCGAGCCCACAAACUCACCGCCCAGCACACCCCUUCCCGCAUCCCCAAACUCCAAAGACUGCCAUCCCGUCUGCCCCCUCCCUCUUCCCCCCGCCACAUCCUUAACAUGCCCUUUCUGCAGUCACAACUGGCGUGCCACCCCAUACUGGGAGAGAGCAGCACAUAUGCUGUCACACAGCCACAUCUCGCCGCAGCGUCUGACUUCGAUUUCCGACGUCAACGUCGCCGGCAAGGGGUGCAACCGCAGAUACAGCCUGUUCAGUCAGCGUACGUUACGAAGCUACCACGCCAAGUUUGGCCGGGGGCGGGAGACGGCGCGCGGAGACUGCGCUCGGGGCCUUGUGGGUGACCUUGCGGAGAGCACGAGAGAGGUCGUUGUGGCGCCUUUUCUAGUGGGGGUGAGGAAGUGCGGGAGAGAAACGAGUCCGUACAGUAAGGAGAGGAAGAGAGCAAAGACUAUGCGGGAUUUGCAGGUUGGUUGUGAACAGGGCAGGGGCGGGAGGGGGUGGAUGCUGGAGCGGACGCAGAGCGAUUUUGGGGAUGAGAGAUGAGGGAUACAUGGGUGUUGAUGAGGGCCAUAGGUAGAUGAAUGGUACUUGGUAUCGUUGUUUGCUAUGGUGUUCUUUUGAGAUUCCUGGAAGAGAGACUUGCUUUGUUGGUGCGGGUCUGGCCUUAGCUCACGGAUGGUGUGUGGCUUCGAUCUGAGACUAUGUAUGGCACUGACGACGACGCCUCUUCUCCUCGCGGUAUCUGGUCUCGUUCUUCGACGCGGGCUGUCUAGUCGACGGAGUGUAUCAGCCUCGCAAAGGUGAUAUUGUUAGUACUGGCGUUGAAUGAGAUUGCCGCGAUUAGAUUAGCAGUGACUAGCAAGUGGUUGCCAGCUACUUGUUGCCAUGGCGGGUUCGUUUCU